AUGACAUUCAGUAAUACAAUCAAAUCUGUGGCAGUGAUUGGUGCCGGACCAAGUGGUCUUGCAACUGCAAAGGCUCUUUUGGCUGAAGGCGCUUUUUCUAAAGUUAAAGUCUUUGAACGUCAAAAUCAGCCAGGCGGAGUAUGGGUUUACAAUUCUCAAACAAGAGACACACCGUUAGUUCCCUCGGUCAGCGCAAAUGCGCAAGAGCCUACUAAGCUUGAUGACAAGCUCCAGCGAGCCGUAUAUUACAGUCCCAUGUACAAGUACCUAGAGACCAACUUGCCCAAGUAUGUAAUGCAAUAUCAUGAGCUUAGAUUUGAGGAAAAUCUGCCUGUGUUUCCACCUAAAAGUGACGUUUUGGCAUACAUACAAGAGUACGCAAAGCCGCUUACAUCUGCUAUCCGGUACAACGCAGAGGUGCGGCGUGUGGAGAAAAUGCAUGGAAAUGGUCCAUGGACUAUCGAGUACGUGGACUACACCCAAAACUACCCCCAAGGCACUACAUAUGCAGAGGAAUUUGAUGCUGUGGUAGUGUCGACCGGGCAUUAUGAUCUACCUUUUAUUCCAGAUGUUAAGGGCAUUGCCGAGUGGUCGCAAAAGUAUCCGGGGUCUGUGCAGCACGCAAAGUAUUUUGACGACCCUCAAGAUUUUUCCGGGAAGACUGUUGUUGUUGUUGGAAACGCUGCUUCUGGUGUAGAUAUUUCACUUCAAGCUGCUAAUUUUGCCAAAAAGGUGUACCGGUCUGUGGCAGGCCCGCCACUUAUGCCUUACGGUGAUGAUCCUCGUGUACAAGAUGUGCCUGUAAUUGCCGAGUACCGUCCAACCACACAUGAGAUUUUGCUUACAGAUGGACAAGUACUUGCUGAUGUUGAUGUGGUUGUAUACUGCACGGGGUAUCUCUACACGCUCCCGUUUCUUCGUACCUACAUGGACGCAGAAAACCCCGACUGUGUAUUGAAACCAUCUGGACAACGGCUACACAGAGUUUACAAGCACAUGUUUUACAUUCCCGAUCCAUCGUUGAGUUUUGUAGGAGCCCCGAAACAAAUCAUUCCAUUUCCCAUGGCGGAGACUCAGGGUGCAGUGAUUGCACGUGUAUAUUCCAAAAGGCUCAUGCUUCCUGAUGAAAGUGAGAUGCGUGCCGAUGAAAAGUUACAAGAAAAAAAGGCUGGGCCUCGUGAAGUUGACUUCCACUUGUUUCAAUUUCCUGGUGACUUUGCUUAUUACCGGGAGCUGGAAUCCUGGAUUGACGAGGCAGGAAAUACAAACGCUAAUGAGUUUUUGCCGGAGAGAUGGACUGAUGAGCGUUAUGAGCAACGUGCCGAGUCAUAUGCACUUAAAACAGCAUUGGUCAAAGCCAAACAAGCUCAAGGAUUUAUUUGA